AUGGUGACGCUGUGCCUGCAUAUUGCGGGGAACGCUUCGUUGAACAGACCCCCCGGACAAACGAGCUGCGGUUGGCGAUGGCACCUUGGAGGAAACAGGGAUACCACGGUUGGUUCUUCGAUCGGAGAGCAAGCGGAGUUCACGAGGACCUGGCGGGGCUCCCUGUGUUCUCCGUGCAGCUCGGACGCCUUCAAUUACUUUAGCCUGAGCGGCAGAAAGCACAGCGUGAGUGCGACUUUCGUUGGGUUGGGGUGCUUGUCGCCAACUCUUCUACGACGUCUUCGAUCUUGGUACCUGGCUACGCUCGGGUUGCCGGGCGCGGCGUGGGAGUUGGACAUCUUGCCUCUCAUGGAAAUCAUUCGCUGGCUUCAGAAUGGGUGCAAGACAGAGAUUUCGAUCGGGGACAAGCAAACCGUGACGUGGUAG